AUGGAACGACCCGUGAGUCCCUCGAAUUCCGAUGUAUUCGACGUGAGUGACUCGUUGGCACCAUCACGGGUCAACAAAGUCGCGAGCACCACUACUCUGACUUUUGACGGACUCUUGAAAGAUCCUCUUCAACUCAAGGAAGACCUGAAGGAUGGCUGCGGCGGCCAAUUAUGGCCGGCUGGGAUCUUUCUGGUUAAAUAUCUGCUGGGUCAACACUCCUUAGACCUGUCCGGUAAAUCCAUCGUGGAACUUGGUGCCGGUGGUGGACUCGUCGGUCUUGCAGUCGCUCGCGGGUGCCAAGCGGCAUGGCCGAUCCAUAUUACCGACCAACGGCCGAUGUUCUCGCUGAUGGAGGACAACAUCAAACUUAACCAGCUCCAAUCCACCGUGACUGCUUCAAUAUUGAACUGGGGAGAGCCCAUUCCGGAUCAUCUGCCAUCGAAGCCCGAUGUGAUCCUUGCCGCCGACUGCGUCUACUUCGAGCCCGCAUUUCCCCUCCUUAUCACGACGCUCCAAGACCUCCUGGGCCCUGAUUCGGUGUGCUAUUUCUGCUUCAAGCGGCGAAGAAGAGCGGACCUCCGAUUCAUAAGGAUGGCCAAGAAGGUCUUCGAGUUUGAGGAGAUCCGUGAUGACCCGAGCGCUACAACGUAUAACCGGGAUAACAUAUUCAUUUACACCAUUCGGCCCAAGCGCACCAAGAACUAAAGAAUCAUUCGAUGGCCCGGAAGAAAGAGGGUGUGGAACGCACUAAAUGCAGACAUGAUGUAUUAUGCAAGCGACAGACUAAUGAUCUUUACAUUUGGGCUAGAC